GAAGCGUGUGAGUCUCAGUAGAGAGUGGAGAGCUGGUUGGCGUGGUAGCAUGUCCCUCUCGUUGCUUGCGCUGUUCCUCUCCGUACUGCUGAGCCAUGCGCUUGCUCAGUCCUAUCUCAAUGUCUACCCCUUCCCUCCAGUUCCUCAGGCCCUGGAUGCCAAACAGCCGUUUGUCCCGUGUUGUCUGCUGAGUCCGCCGCCCCCCCCUCUCUUCCCCCCACCGCCACACCUCUGGAAGCGCUACCCCCGACAGGAUACAGAUGAUGUCAUCAGUGAGCCGUCGGCUCCGUGCCCCCCCAUUAACCCAGCGGGCCCCCCAGGACCACCCGGCCCUGACGGACCUCAGGGUCCGCCUGGACUGCCCGGCCUCAGGGGACCAAAGGGAGAAAAGGGAGAAAUCGGACGUCCAGGACAGAAGGGUCGGACUGGGCCGCCGGGUCUUCCUGGUAGACAAGGGCCACCGGGCUGGCAGGGACCAUUAGGGCCCAAAGGGGAAAAGGGAGACCCUGGUCUCAUGGGGAUGCCUGGAGCAAGAGGACCUCUGGGAUCUAAGGGCUUACCUGGAUAUAAAGGAGAGAAGGGGUCUCGAGGGGAACAUGGUGAUUUAGGCCCGAAAGGAGAAAAGGGUUCCAUGGGCCUCACCGGGAUGCUCGGGCAAAAGGGGGAGAUGGGUCCAAAAGGAGAACCCGGCCUAUCAGGGAACAGAGGUCCAACGGGUCGGCCCGGCAAGAGAGGCAAGCAGGGAUCCAAAGGAGAUUACGGACUGAUUGGCCCAAUUGGACCCAGCGGGCCGCAGGGACCCCCUGGUCUGCCUGGUCCCCCAGGUUUACCUGCCUCAGGGCUCUACAUGGUUGGACCCAAGGGGCAGAAGGGGCAGCCUGGCAACCCUGGCCAGUGCAACUGUGCCACCCCCCUCAACCUGCACGGCUCUCCAUACGACCAGCAGCCCUUCAGGGGUGGCUAUCCAAAAGUACCCGCGAUCUUUGUGGUGGACAACGGUGAGGAGUUGGACCGUCUUCAGUAUGACAACGCUCUGGCCUUCCGCAAGGACCAGCGGUCGCUCUACUUUAAGGACAACGAUGGAUGGCUGCCCAUUCAGCUGACACCAUUCCAGUCUAUGGAGAACGCACCGGAUCCGGAAGGGUUCUGUGGGGACGGAAUCGUCCAGCACCAGAACGGAGAGGAGUGUGAUGAUGGAAAUAAGGUGGUGACAGACAGCUGCAUCAGAUGUAAACGUGCACACUGCGGAGACGGCUACCGUCACGAGGGACAUGAGGAAUGUGAUGGCAAAGACUUUGGCUUUCAGACGUGCAAGUCCUACUUACCUGGGUCAUAUGGUCACCUGAGAUGCACGUCCCAGUGUUUCAUCGACUCCACAAACUGCAAGUACUUCACCUGAGCCGGCGAGUCGAACAGCGCUGCUCCUGUCCCGACGGGGUCACCCAGUGGGCCGCUGCUGACCAGAAGACCUGAGAGACUCUAACCGAAGACGACAAUGACAGACAGAGGAGAAGUGAAAACCGAAUCCAAACCCAACUCCGAACUUUGCUGUUCCUCCCUGAAGCCCAGACUCCACGCACAGCAGCUCCACGCUGAGUUGGGACCUCUUCCACUCGGUCACCACGACAACGCAGGACGCUCGCUCUCAGUCUUAAAUCCGCUCUGGACCUCCUGUAGUUCCCCGCCUGGGUCGGCCCAAUUCAGCCCAGCUUGGCCAAGCGAACGUGGUGGCCCCCGGAACUCUCUUCCUGACCUUUCACCCCUGAGAAGCCUGUUGCCAAGCCACACAUCCUCUUACCUUGACUACGCACCCCGCCCUCCCCCACCUUUCUGCUCCCCAAGGUGCUACUCUGCGAUGUGAAUACGUCAAUAUGGCUUUUGCAUGACGACUGUAACCACAGUAACAACAGUCGUUCCUGUGCUGUUCCUUCCUCCGGCAUGCUCUCCUUCACUCCAGACCACUUACCGCUCAACAAAGCCACUGUGUGUACAUACGUAGAUCUAGAGGACUAGAUUCCCACAGACGACAUACUCCAGUUACAGACAUGAAGUUUUGGGCCUGUUGAAAGAAGCAGGCAGUGUUUCCACCGCCCAAGACCACCACCUGUGCUCCUUCAAAGGGUGAAAGGUCACAGCUGAUAUGUGGUUGAAUGCUUCCUGUGGUGGCUCAUGGGAAAACAUAUUUCUCUUUCAUCAAGCGUCCACAGAUGGGCUGUCAUGGCUAACCCACUCGUUAGGGUGUCAGACUCGUUAGGGUGCCUAUUUUGUAAGUGUGUCUGACUAGUUAUUGCACCAGACUCGUCAUCGUGUCUGGCUUGUUAACAUGACAGAGUUGUUAGUGUAUCUGACAAAACUAGUGUUUGGCUCAUUGGUGCAGUCAACUCCUCCUCGUGAUUAACUGGUUAGUGCUACUGACUCAUUGGUGCAAUUAAGAGUCAUUAGUGUGACUGACUCCCAAGCAUGUCUGAGUUGUUGGUGAGACUGACUCGUUAGUGCUGCUGACUCGUUAGUGCUGCUGACUCAUUAGCAUGACUGACUCGUUAGUGCUGCUGACUCGAUAGUGCUGCUGACUCGUUGGCAUGACUGACUCGUUAGUGCUGCUGACUCAUUAGCAUGACUGACUCGUUAGUGCUGCUGACUCGAUAGUGCUGCUGACUCGUUGGCAUGACUGACUCGUUAGUGCUGCUGACUCGUUAGCAUGACUGACUCGUUAGUGCUGCUGACUCGUUUGUGCUGCUGACUCAUUAGUAUGACUGACUCGUUAGUGCUGCUGACUCGUUAGCAUGACUGACUUGUUAGUGCUGCUGACUCAUUAGUAUGACUGACUCAUUAGUUCUGCUGACUCGUUAGUGCUGCUGACUCGUUAGUGCUGCUGACUAAUUAGCAUGACUGACUCGUUAGUGCUGCUGACUCAUUAGCAUGACUGACUCAUUAGUGCUGCUGACUCAUUAGCAUGACUCAUUAGCAAAUAGCAUGUUUUUUGCAACUGAUGGAUAACAUCUGGAUCUCUCCGAGUCACCACCAUGUGAAGACUGUCAAACUGUUGGAACUGUUUUAUACUCGUGCUUAUUAUCUUAUUUAAUAAAUGUAUAUAAAUAUUUAAAGGGAUUUAAGCCCAAAUAGGUGCAAUCACUGGCGCAGUUCUGGCCCAAGUGAGGCCCAGUUCCGGGUCCAGACUGGGUCAAUCUGGGGUGAGCUGCACUGCCAGGAGGGCUUUUGCUGCUGUUUUGGCUCAGUACUGUUCCAUUUGGUCGGGUUGGGUCAGGGGUCGGGGGUCAUGGUUGGGCUCAACCAAAGGGCAUGUUGGGUCAGGACCCCUCGACCAACCGACUGACCACACCUCCACUUCUCUCCGGAACACACACUGCAAACAUACCUCAACACGCCGGCUAACUUACUGCUAGCUUUGGUCUUAGACACGGACGUCCACUGGCUGGCUGUCUGUCUGUUCAUACACAAACACAAAACAGUCCAAAUCCUCACAUAGUAUACGAGCACUUACAUACACAAACACAUACAUACGUGUGUAGUCCAAGUCUAAGUCAUUAUCCUUGUGUAAUGUAUGUGCACUUACAUACACAAACACAUACAUACGUGUGUAGUCCAAAUCCAAGUCAUCAUCUUCGUGUAAUGUAUGUGCAAUUACAUACACAAACACAUCCAUUUACUGUGUGUAGUCCAAGUCCAAGUCAUCAUCCUCGUGUAAUGUAUGUGGACUUACAUACACAAACACAUCCAUAUACUGUGUGUAGUCCAAGUCCAAGUCAUUAUCCCUGUGUAAUGUAUGUGCACUUACAUACACAAACACAUCCAUAUACUGUGUGUGGUCCAAGUCCUCACAGAGCGUACAAGCCCGUGUUUGUCCCAAAGCUGUUUCCCUGAGCUUAUGUCAGGCUUUGUGUGUGUGUGAGUUGCGUGCCACAAAUCAGUGUGAUGUGAAGUGAUGUGUGUACAUACACACACACUCACACACACACACACACACACCAGAGGGGUCUCUUUGCUAUGGCAAAACUGUUAACUUACUGUUCUCAAAGACACACAUACACACACACAUGGCAGAGGGGUCUAUUUGCUAUGAUGAAACUGUUAACUUACUGUUCUCAAAGACGUACACACACACACACAAACACACACACACACACACACACACACACACACACACACACACACAAAAGAGGGAUCUCUUUGUUAUGACAAAACUGUUAACUGACUGUUCUCCAAGAUGGCAAGUCUGACUUGCAUUUGACUGUUCCUCAUCUUAUUUCUACUCCAGGUGUUAUAAGCUAAGUGUAUGUGUUUGUUUUGACCUACCCAGAAUAUGCUGAUUUUCCUCCAGUCUCUGACUAGUGUGCUAGCCCUGCAGUGCGCACAGGCUGAGGGGCUUUUAAAGUGUAUUAUAUUAAUAAUAACAAUGAUAAUGAUAAUAAUAUUAAAGGGUACAGUGCAUAUCAUAUACUGGUGCAGUUUUAACGUGUAUUAUAUUAAUAAUAAAAAUGAUAAUGAUAAUAAGAAUAAUAUUAAAGGGUACAGUGCAUAUCAUAUACUGGUGCAGAUGCAUGUUUAAACAUUAGCCAGAGCUUGGUACUGAAUGUCGCCAUGUUGUCAUGUGAACGUUGAAAUAAUAUUAUCAAAACAAAGAAAUAUGUUUGAUACGGUCUUGUAUUGUGUCCAAAUAAAGUGAGAA